AGCAGGUAAAAAAAAAAAUGAAAGUAGGUGAGAGAAAGAAAAAUCCAAGUGAGAGAAAGCGAAAGGAAAGAGAGUAAAGAAAGAGUAUCGAUUUCUUAAUCAAUCAUAAUCGUCGUCACCUUCUUCUUCUUCAUUUGGUUACGAUUACCAGAUUACCGAAGAACAGCUUGAAGAUGGAGUCCUUGAAAGAUGCCGCCAAGCUCCGUUCCGAUUUCCUCCAGGUCCUACGCAGUCGACGAACUGCCGAAGUACCGCUGACUAUAGAAUUGGGCAAACCAGUGGUGGAUCCUAUGUACCAAGAGAAUCCAAAACCAACUAGAAGUGAGGCAAUGGAGUCCUGCCUAAAAGCAGAAAUCUCAAAUCUUAAAGAUGUACUUAAAGAGGAAAACUUUUACUUGUUAACGGAGGAGGGAACGCAAGGACGCCUCCCAGUGCUCCUCAUAAGUAUGAAAGAAAGCUCUCAGCAACGAAGGCCAGCUAUUGUUUUUCUGCACAGCACUCACAAGUGCAAAGAGUGGCUAAGGCCAUUGCUUGAGGCCUAUGCUUCACGUGGAUAUGUAGCUGUUGCCAUUGAUUCUCGCUACCAUGGGGAACGGGCUGAUAGUUUGACUACUUAUAGAGAUGCCCUUGUAUCAGCAUGGAAAAAUGGCGAUACAAUGCCCUUCAUCUAUGAUACGGCCUGGGAUUUGGUAAAAUUAGCUGACUAUCUUACAGGAAGGGAUGAUAUAGAUCCCUUUAGGAUAGGAAUCACCGGUGAAUCACUGGGAGGAAUGCAUGCUUGGUUUGCUGCUGUUGCUGAUAACCGCUAUUCAGUUGUUGUCCCUAUUAUUGGUGUUCAGGGGUUCCAAUGGGCCAUAGAUAACGAUAGCUGGCAUGCUCGGGUAAGCAGUAUCAAGCCAUUAUUUGAAGCUGCUCGAAUUGACUUGGGAAAGAGCGAAAUUGAUAAGGAAGUGGUGAAAAAGGUAUGGGAUAGAAUUGCUCCUGGGUUGGCUUCUCAGUUUGAUGCACCUCAUACAGUUCCUAUAAUUGCCCCACGCCCUCUGCUGAUUUUGAAAGGUAAAGAAGAUCCUAGAUGCCCAUUAAAAGGAGUUGAAAUUCCAUGCGAAAGAGCUAAGGAGGUUUACAAGGAAUUUUCUUGUCCUGACAGAUUCAAGGUGGUAGCUGAGCCUGAAAUUGGACAUCAAAUGACUUGUUUUAUGGUGAAAGAAGCAAGUGACUGGUUUGAUAAAUACCUUAAGUGAGAAAGAAGAAAAUGUGGAGUGAAGAAGAUGAAAAAUUAAUGAUUUAGGGUUUGUAUUGUGUUGUGCAUUGUUCAAGUAAUCUUUUAUUAUUAUUUAUUAUUAUUAUUAUUAUGCAUUUUGCAUCUCUUUGUGUUCAACUUCUUAAGCUUCUGCCUACAAUAAAAUAAGUUUUCUCCAAGUUUGUAAGUUUGGUUGUACUA